AUGAAAGUUCUUGUGGUUGGGAAGGGGGCUCGAGAACAUGCAUUGGCUUGGAAGCUGAGCCAAGCCAGAUCUGUCGAGCAUGUCUUCGUCUUUCCUGGCAAUGGGGGAACAACUCAUACGGAAGGCGUAGUGCCUAUUUACACUCUGGCCGGCAUCCCUACAGGUACAUCGGGAUACUUUGAGUUGGCGCAAAAGGCCAAGAACCUUGGGAUCGGGCUUGUUGUGGUUGGGCCCGACGAUGAUGUCGUUAAUGGCAUUGAGGAGUACUUCAGAGAAGUUCAGAUACCUUGUUUCGCGCCGUCACGUAAAGCAGCAGAGCUCGAGGGCUCCAAAGUUUUCGCCAAAGACUUCAUGAAGAAACAUGCGAUCCCCACAGCGCACCACAGCAGUUUCGAUAGCUUCGACGAGGCUAGCGCCUACGUACGCUCAGUUUUCACCGACAAAGAUCACCGGAUCGUGAUCAAAGCAGAUGGUCUUGCCGCGGGGAAAGGCGUAGUCCUCCCCGAGACCCCCGAACAAGCCUUGGAGGACCUUCGAAGCAUCAUGAAUGAUGGAAGGUUCUCCACAGCAGGGUCUUCUGUGGUGAUUGAAGAGUACAUGGAGGGAUUCGAGAUCAGCAUUUUGACUUUCAGCGACGGAAAUACUUUCUUCUCCCUUCCCGCAGGCCAAGACCACAAGAGGAUCCUGGAGGGAAACAAGGGACCUAACACCGGAGGCAUGGGAGUUUAUUCCCCUGUCCCAAUGAUCACUCCAGCGAUCACGCAACAGAUCGACGACACUAUCCUGAAGCCAACGUUCGAAGCUCUUCAAAAAGAAGGGCGCCCCUUUCAAGGCUUGCUUUUCACUGGUAUCAUGGUCACCAAGUCCGGCCCCAAGGUCAUCGAGUACAACGUCCGAUUCGGUGAUCCCGAGACCCAAAGUUCAAUGCUGCUCUUGUCCGAGGAAACGGACCUAGCGAGCGUCUUGCUGUCAUGUACGAACGGCACACUUGCGCAGAUGAAAGACGCAAUCAAGACCAAACCAGGCUUUGCGUGCAACGUUGUCAUUGCGUCUGGUGGGUAUCCUGGAGAUCACGAAACAGACAAGAAGGUGUCGCUCAAGACCCCCCCUGAGGGCGUAGUCAUCUUCCAUGCAGGAACUCGGAAAGACAAAGAUGGGACAUUGAAGACAGCAGGAGGACGUGUCUUUUCGGUGGCCGCCUACGGAGAUACUCUAGAACAGGCCCGGUCUAAGGCCUACCAGGGGGUUGAGUGUGUCUCGUUUGAACCCAUGGUGUUCAGGACGGAUAUUGCGCAAGGAGGCCUAGAGGCCUGA